CUACAUUGAUGCGUUCUGCUGAGAGUAGUUUGCCCUGGUACCUGGUGACGGGUUCCGAAAUUGGCGUGGAUCGUUGUUGCCACCGAUUCAAAAUGGAUUCUUCACCUUCCCCAGUUAAACUGAUGUCAACACUUUUGAAGUCAAGAGAAAUGCAGGUUGGCAUGGUAACCUUUAUGGCGUCAUUGCUGGCAAUCAAAGUGGUGAAAAAGUUUACCUCUGGCCGGAAACCCCCUCCUCCUGGUCCCUGGGGGUUCCCUUUUAUUGGACACCUCACCCUACUGGGAAACGAACCCUACGUGACCUUCAUGAAGAUGAAGGAAAGAUUCGGAAACAUCUUCAAGAUCCAGUUGGGUAGUUGGUCGGCCGUGGUUAUAAAUGGCAAGCAGGCCAUUAAAGAAGCUCUACAUAACUCUGGCGAGGACUUCUCUGGUAGACCCCAGUUCAUGUCCGCACAGAUUAUCAACAACGGUCAAAGUAUUGGCUUUGGUGAGUAUGGCGAACAGUGGAAAAUUCACAGAAAAAUUGCCAACAAAGUCCUGACCGAGUUCUCGAAUGCCAAGUCAAAUCCUAUAGAAGAUAUGAUUCACGAAGAAGUAGACAUUCUCGUGGAUGACUUCAUGUCUGAGCAGGGAGUAACAUUCAACCCUCGGGAUUACAUCUACCUCUCCGUCGGUAGCGUCAUCUACCAACUGUGCUACGGCAGACAAGAAAACAUCCGGGAAGACAAGGAUUUCGCUUAUUUCAUAUUAAACUCAGCUGCAUUCGCGGAAUUCGUCAGUGCCGGAAACCCUGUUGAUGUCAUGCCCUGGCUCCGAUAUCUCAUGCCCUGGAAAGUGAAGGCAUUUACAACACUCAUCCAAACACGUAUUGACGCAAAUGAAAAGAAGCUCAGUGAACACAAAAAAACCUUCUCUAGUGAUAACAUGCGUGACAUCACGGACAGAUUGAUAUCUGUAAGUGAGGAAGACUCCAGGUUGUCCAAGGAAAGGAUUUUGUCUACGGUUAACGACCUCUUUGGGGCAGGUUUUCAGACAACGGCUUCAACCACCAGGUGGAUGUUACUGCUGAUGGCCGCCAAUCCAAACGUGCAGAGGCGGGUGCAGGAAGAACUGGACGACGUUGUGGGCAGCGGGAAACGACCCAGUAUCCUGGACAGAGGUCAGCUGGUUUACACCGCCGCAGUGCUCCAUGAGAUCAAUCGGUUUGUGGCACUGGCACCUCUCAGUCUCCCUCACCUCACCACCACCGAUACCAAUCUCGGGGGAUACAGUAUCAACAAAAACACUGUUAUCUUCAUCAACCUGUACUCCAUGAGCCAUGACCCAGAAGUAUGGGGUGAUCCGCAUGUCUUCCGACCCGAGCGUUUCCUUGACGCUUCUGGUGAGAUCAACAAGUCCCUCCUGGAGGAGUUCCUUCCCUUCUCCACUGGUGGGCGAAAGUGUCUCGGGGAGUCUCUGGCUAGGAACGAAAUGUUUCUUUUGUUUACUGGAAUCCUACACAAAUGCAGCAUCUUGCAACCACCAGAAGUGAAGGAAUAUAGCAUGGACGCCAACAAUGGAUUAACGCGCCAAUGUCUGACCUACCAAGUACAGGUCAAGCUCAGGACCUGAAUCGCCACUCAUCCAUAAUUCUUCGCAUGGACAACAACCUAACAAAAAUUCAUGAUCUUGACAGGAACGAAAUCUUUCUUUUGUUCGCUGGAAUCCUACAGAAGCGCAGCAUCCUGCAAACUCCAGAAGUGAAGGAAUAGAGCAUGGACGUCGUGAAUGGAACAACGCGCCAAUGUCUGCCCUACCAAGUACAGGUCCAUCUGAGGACCUGACUCGCCAUUCCUCACAUGGACAACACCCUGAUAAAAAUUCAUGAACUGGACAAUGAACCGACCCAAGGAAUCCUGUUAUCACCUGCUGAUUUAGCAGGGCCACAGGACACAAGCCUAAAAACCAAAUAUAAGUUCGGGAAGAGCAAUGUUAAUAUAUUGCCAUGUGUUUCAAAUGCCAGGACUCAACUCUACACUGAAACACCCUGUGCAGUGCUCAGAACCAAGCCAGCUACAGUAGCCCAGUAGAUUCCCACAUCAAAAAACAUCAGACUCCAACAGCCAAAGCAGACAGGAAAUCAGCCCUCUCAGACCACCAUCAAACAUUUCCUAGCCAUCACAUUCAGUUUGAAAGGUCCAAAUCCUCUCAAUCAAACAAUAGGACUUUACAAAACGAAAACUCUCAGAACUUAUAGAAAUCCGGCGUCACAAACCUUUGAUCAACAGAGAUCAUAUGUAUUGCAUCUCGUCUGCCAAUGAAGAUCUAAUCAAGCUAUAAACUAUCAGCUUGUCAACUGUUAAAUCCUUUUACUCUUUAUCCUUACUGUACACCUGGCUUCAUUACCCGUGUGCUUCAUAACCUGUGUGGUAUUUGUUAUUCUUUCUGUACACCUGGCUUCAUUACCUGUGCGCUUCAUUACCUGUGUCUUAUUUUGUAUUCUUACUGUACAACUGGCUUCAUUACCUGUGCGCUUCAUUACCUCCAUGGUAUUUGUUAUUCUUACUGUACAUUUGGCUUCAUCCAGUUCUCUGUGUACUUCUUGUUAUCUAUAACCUGUUGUCAAUGUGUAUCUGCUGCUUAUCACAACAUGUCAUGCAUAUGCAUAUGUACCUCUCAUCACUUGGUUGUUGUCACUCCACCUUGAUAACAGUGUGAGAAUCUACAUCGAAACGUCGCUAUAUGCAAUAAACCAGAAGUUGUUAUCUAUGAAGUUGUACGUUUUGUUACUUACUCACUAAGUUCUAGAAUGCCAACCAAACUGUUGUCAAGCUAUCAGUUAUGUUAUA